AUGAAGCGCGUGGUAUUCCUGGUCAUCGUCCUCCUCUGUGCGGCGCUCUUCACUGCGGCCACGUCUGCAUCACUCCUUUCGCCACUCCUCCCACGCGGCGGCGACAUCAUCUCUCCCGCGUCUGCCGCUCAGGCCAGGCCUAUGGUCUGGCAAGGCAAGACAAUCUUUAAGUACGUGGUCAAGCUGCGUCCCACAAAGAUCAAUGGAAAGCUAGUUGGAGACGAAGAUGCCUCGGGGAAAUACAUCCUCAAGGCAGUGAGGUACUCAGCAACGUCAUACUACAUCAAAUAUACCGUCGAUAUCUUGAACAUCAGGUCUGGUGGCGAGGCUCCUACCAUGGAUGCUCGCUCGUUACUCGACGAGCUCAUGGGCAAGGACCGAGAUCUGCCGUUGGAUCAGAAGAAACGCAAGCUGCGGUUCGACGAUCCCGAGGUAUGCCGCUACCAUCUGGUCGCCUUCUGUCCGAACGAUCUCUUUCCCAACACGCGCUCCGACCUAGGCCCGUGCCCGCGCGUGCACGACGACGCGCUGCGGGAGGAGUUUCUGGCGUCCACUAAAGUCGCGCAGUUCGAGGCGGAGCUCUUAGCUUACCUGGAGCGGCUUAUAGCGGAUCUCGAACGCAAGAUCAAGCGGUGCCAUGAGCGGCUGGACAAGGAGCUGCCGGCGGGGCAGGGCGCAGCAGUGCACGCGGAGCGCAUCAGCGCCAUCGGCGCGCAGGUGCAGGCGCUGCUGCGCCAGGCGGAGCAGGAGGGCGAGCAGGGGCUCGUGGACCGCGCACAGGCCACCAUGGGGAAGGUGGACGCAUUGAAUCGUGAGAAGGAGGCUCUGCUGCGCUCGGCUGUGCCAGACGCCAUCGCCUCCUCCGUCAUCCAAAAGGAGAAGCGCCUGCAGGUGUGUGAGGUGUGUGGGGCCAUGCAGGCCAACACAGACACGGAGAAGCGACUCGCCUCGCACCUCGACGGCAAGCAACACCUCGGCUAUGCAAGGAUUCGCGAGACAGCCGAGAUGCUGAGGAAGAAGAGGGAGGAGGAGAGGGAGAAGAGGCGGAGGGAGAUGGGGUUGAGCGACGCAGAGGCAGGCAGGGAGGAGCGGCAGGAGGAGGGCAAGGAAGGCAGCCAAGGACGACCCGAGGUGAACGGGGAGCAAGGCGCAAGGGGCAAGGGCCGUGAUGAUCGGAGAAG